AUGUAUGAGUUCGGUUUCCCAAAAAAAUUAAUAUCCCUAACUAAAAUGUGUAUGGAAAACACGAAAUACAGAGUGAGAACACAAAAUGUAACAUCAGAAACCUUUACAGUGGACACCGGACUAAAACAGGGAGAUGCCCUGUCCCCAAUACUCUUCAAUCUUGCUUUAGAGAAGGUAAUAAGGGUACUACAGGACAAUGAAGGUGGCCUACUAAUCGGUCAGAAUAAGAUACAGAUCCUAGGCUUUGCUGAUGAUUUAGACAUAAUAGGCGAUUCACUUUCAGACGCAGCCAACGCAGCCAGAGUGUUAGAAGAAGCGGCGAAAAAAAUAGGUCUUGAAAUUAACACUGAGAAAACAAAGAUAAUGGAACUAAUUGAGAGUGGGGAGGACCCUAGUGAGUCGGAGAAUUUAGCCUAUGAAAAAGUUAGCGAUUUCAAAUAUAUGGGAGAUACAUUAAGUACAAAGAAUGAUUGGUCAAAGGAAAUAAGUAUUCGGAUAAACAAAGCUCAGAGAACGUUCUAUGCACUGACAAAAUUUUUCACGUCCAAAAUGUUAUCAAGGAAGACGAAAACAAGACUAUACGUAGCCAUUAUAAGACCGACGCUAACAUAUGGUUGCGAAGCUUGGACGACAACCAAACAAACAGAGAGAAAACUAAGGACUUUUGAACAUAGAAUAUGGAGGAAAAUCUGUGGACCUGUCUUUGACGAAACAACGGGGAAUUGGCGGAGGAGGUACAACAGAGAGUUGUACGAUAUGUUGGAACUAACAACAGUAACAAGCUUCAUUAAAAGCCAAAGGAUACAAUGGCUAGGACACACAAUGAGAAGACGAGAGAAUGAAAUAGUUAGAGUGACAUUGAAAUGGAAGCCAAUAGGUAAAAGACCAAGAGGUAGACCGAGAAAAAGAUGGAUAGACGUGGUAGAAGAUGAUUUGAAAAUCCUUGGAGUUGAGAAUUUGAGGGAGACAGUUCAAGAUAGAGACAGGUGGCGAAGUGUAGUAAUGGCGGCAAAAACUCUUAGAGAGUAG